GUCGGAUCAAACGCGGACGGAGGCCGAACCGGAUAUUAAUCUCCUUUGUACUCAGUCGACAUUUUUCCCUUCGAUUCCGGCCCUCCUUCCACCGAAAAGAAACCCUACUCCGAUCUCUCUUGGAGUCGGAAUCCCUCAGCGGCAUUGCGUCUCGCCCCCCGGCGUCUCUCUGUCUGAAGCAUUCGUGAUGGAUCCAAAGGCAGAUUCCGCUUUUGAUCUGGAUGAAGAACGUGUUGCUCCAAAUCGGAGUUCUAGUUUACAAGCAGUUGAAGCUGCUCAAGGUUUCUCCCAUGGUCGUGGUCGGAUAAUACCUUCACUCUCUAAUGAAAGACAGGAUGGGUUUUUCUAUAGAGAUAAUCACAUGAAUCUGCCAAGGACCGCCCAGGCUGUUCAUGGUCAUAACCAUUUUGGAGUGAAUAAGAAAUAUAGCUCACACAAAACUUUCGAAGUUUCAAGAGAGCUAGUUCAUGGUCCCAGGGCAAACAAAUCGAAUAGUUGUUUGGGCUCAUCAACCAGAAACAACAAUUUGAACCAGUUUGUUCGCAGAGAUAAAUAUAACAAAACAGAUUUUCAGAUUGAAUAUGAAAAUGCCAAGUUCUUCAUGAUAAAGUCAUACAAUGAAGACGAUGUCCACAAAAGUGUCAAAUACAAUGUGUGGGCAAGUACUCCCAAUGGUAAUAAAAAGCUGGAUGCUGUAUUCUGGGUUGCAGAGAGAUUAAUGAAGAAGGGCUCAAAGUGUCCAAUUUUCCUAUUUUUCUCAGUUAAUGCCAGUGGUCAGUUUGUUGGUUUGGCUGAAAUGAUUGGACCUGUUGAUUUCAACAAGAACCUUGAUUUCUGGCAAAAAGAGACCUGGAAUGGGUUUUUCCCAGUGAAGUGGCACAUCAUAAAGGACAUACCUAACAGACUUUUUCAAAGUAUUAGGCUUGAGAACAAUGACAACAAGGCUGUAACAUUUAGUAAGGAUACUCAGGAGAUAGGGCUGCCACAAGGUUUACAAAUGCUGCACAUAUUCAAGGGCCACCCUCUGGGAACAUCACUACUGGAUGAUUUCGGGUUCUAUGAACAGAGAGAGAAAUCACUGCAGGCCACAAGGAGAAGGCGGCCUGCUGUGAUGGAUGUAGAUUUUGAAUUCUAUGAUGACAGUUGUGGAAAAAUUGGAAGCAGCAGUAAAUGAAAUGAAUGUGACUGGAAAGUCUAGAAAAUCUUGUGAUCUCAUGUGGGUGCCAUCCAGCACCAGAGGACAUUCAAAUCAUUCACAGGCAAGAAAUUGACAUUGCAGAUUCUUGCCCUGAUGCAUGGGUUGGAGAUUUCAAAUUUACUGUUGCUCUCUCUCUCUUUUCUGUAUGUAAUAUAUAUAGCAUGCCAUUUACAAACUUCCCGUGGCAGCUUUCACUCUCUCUCUCUCUCUCUCUUCUGUCUGUAAUAUAUAUAGCAUGCCAUUUACAAACUUCCCGUGGCAGCUUACUGCUUGCAGUUUCUUUUCUCUAUUUGAACUUCGAGAACUGUUUGGCUUCUUCCCAAAGAAGAAUGAGAACUGCUUCCAUUGGCAGCAGCAUCCCCAGCA